AAUGCGAAUUAUCGUGAUUAUAUAAAGUAAUAUACGCUGUAAUAUUAUCUAGCUGAAGGCCUAAACAUGCAUGAUGUUAUCUUAAUACCGACUUAAUUAAAGCGCGUAUUCAAGAAAGACUUUUACGCUAAACAUUUAUAUUUGGCGCAUUUAUUUUAAAGCAGGCGUGUCUUAAAACAUCAACUUCUAGUCCAGUAUAAUCUGUAAUAUGGAUAAUUUAUCUGUGUUAAACGCGGACGGAGCAGAGCCAGAUGUGGAUAAAUGUCACAUCUGUCUGAGUCCCUUCACAGAGCAGACUGUGGCUUCUCUGAACAGCUGCCAGCAUGUUUUCUGUCUUCAGUGUAUCCUUCAGUGGUCCAAGACAGCAAACACUUGUCCAGUGGAUCGGAUCAGCUUCACCUUCAUCCAUCCUGGAGGCGAUGCUCAAAAGAAGAUCAAAGUGAGGACGCACAGAAAGGAGGAGGAGGAGGAUGAUGAUGAUGAUGAAGAGGAGCGGAGCCAUGCUGUUAUCUGUGAGGAAUGCGGACGCAGCGACCGUCGGCACCGACUGCUGGUGUGCAUACACUGUGACUCAGGGUAUCAUAUGGACUGCUUGACACCUUCAUUAAGCACAAACCCAGAAGGUGACUGGGUUUGUGCUGAUUGUGUUGUCACUCCUCAUCAUACAGAAGGCUCAGUGGUAGAAGAAUAUAUCAGUGAUGGGGAGCUAACGGACCUGUUAGCCGACGUAGAUGAGAUGCCGUCUACCAGCAGUCGCCUUCGACCCUCCACCAUGAAUCAGCCCAGCAGCUCCACCGGACGACGACGACACAGCCAGAGGAUCCAGAGCAGAGCAAGCAGCAGUCCUAACCCUCGCCCCCAAACCUCCUGGCACGUGCCUAAAUACUUGAUACGAGCAUCAAAGCCUGCAGUCACAACAGAUGAACCGCUUCCACACAGCGACACCGGCAGCAGUGCGUCAGAUAAUUUAAAGAUGAGAAAAAGAAGGAAGCGUGCAACUUGAGCUGCUGGAUUACAGUUUAUAUCGUCAGCAGCUGAACGUGCCACUACCAGAAACGACCACACGGUGG